UACCAGCAGUUUAUUAGAGAGAAGAACUCUCAUCGCCAAGUGCGAUGGGAUCAGCGGAAUGUCUGAGGAGAGUGGCCUUGGAAAGAGAUUGAGAGCAUUUUCUGUUAUGGGGGAUGGAUUAGAAACAUCACAAAUGUCUACAGUGCCAGUCCAACUGCAACAAGCUGUACCACUGUGUAACCCUCCUCCUCCGGAGACCUCAAACCCUAACAGGCCUAAGCGGAGCACUAAUCGGCUACAGUUCCUACUUAAAAUAAUAUUGAAAUCACUAUGGAAACACCAGUUUUCGUGGCCUUUCCAGCUGCCUGUGGAUGCCGUAAAGUUAAACCUCCCUGAUUAUUAUAAAAUUAUCAAGUCACCUAUGGACUUGGGAACAAUAAAGAAGCGUCUGGAGAAUAACUACUAUUGGAAUGCCCAAGAAUGUAUCCAGGAUUUCAAUACUAUGUUCAAUAACUGUUACAUUUACAAUAAGCCAGGGGAUGACAUAGUUUUAAUGGCAGAAGCUUUAGAGAAACUUUUCAUGCAGAGACUCUCUGAAAUGCCACCAGAAGAAACUGAAAUACCUGUAGUUAAUUCAAGUAAAAGAGGACGAGUGAGGAGAGAAACAGCUCUUCCAGUCAAGCCCGGAGUGUCUGCAGUUCCGAAUGUAGCUCGUGCACCUACACCCCCUCCACUUCCACCUCGUACUUCACCCCCACAAAACAUCCAGCCUAUACAGACAUCCCAGACAUUUUGUCCUGUGACUACUGACCUCAUUGUUCAGACAGCUGUUAUUACAACAGUGCCUACCCCAACGCUCCCAGCACAUCAGUCGGCACCUGUCAUGCCAACAACAGCACAACCAGUAAAGUCUAAAAAGGGAGUGAAAAGGAAAGCAGAUACUACUACCCCCACAACAAUAGACUCAAUUCAUGAAUCUUCUCCUCUUUCAAUGGAUAUGAAACCAGCCAAACUGCUUCCAAGGAGAGAUGCUGGUCGACCUGUGAAGCUUCCCCGGAAAGAUGUACCAGACUCCCAACAGCAUGUUGAAAAAUGCAGCAAGGUUUCAGAGCAGCUAAAACAUUGCAGUGGAAUUAUUAAAGAAAUGUUUGCUAAGAAACAUGCAGCUUACGCAUGGCCAUUCUACAAACCUGUGGAUGUGGAUGCACUGGGACUGCAUGAUUAUUGUGAAAUCAUUAAGCACCCCAUGGACCUGAGCACAAUCAAAUCAAAACUGGAGAACAGGGAGUACAGAGAUGCUCAGGAGUUUGCAGCUGAUGUCCGGUUGAUGUUUUCCAAUUGUUAUAAGUAUAAUCCUCCAGACCAUGAAGUGGUUGCAAUGGCUCGAAAACUUCAGGAUGUGUUUGAGAUGCGCUUUGCCAAAAUGCCCGAUGAACCUGAAGAACUUAUGACUGCACAUUCUCCCAUAGUUCAGCCUCUUCCUAAAGUGGCUCCUUCUUCCUCAAGUGACAGCAGCAGUGAUAGCUCCUCUGAUAGUGACAGUUCAUCAGAUGACAGUGAAGAAGAAAGAGCUCAGAGAUUAGCAGAACUUCAGGAACAGUUAAAAGCUGUCCAUGAGCAGCUUGCUGCCCUGUCCCAGCCUCAACAAAACAAACCAAAGAAGAAAGAGAAGGACAAAAAAGAGAAGAAUAAAGAGAAGCAUAAAAGAAAGGAGGAACCUGAAGAGAGCAAGAAGAACAAGACCAAGGAGCUACCCCUAAAAAAGGUUAAGAAAAGUAGUAGCAGCAGCAUCAGCAACAGUAACAAUUCCAGCAAAAAAGAGACAAGUUUGAAGAACAGCAAGCCUCCACCACUCCUUCCCUAUGACUCUGAAGAUGAGGAGAAAUGUAAACCAAUGUCCUACGAGGAGAAGAGGCAGUUAAGUCUUGACAUUAACAAACUUCCUGGUGAAAAACUGGGUCGGGUUGUGCAUAUCAUUCAGUCCAGAGAACCUUCUCUUAAAAACUCGAAUCCUGAUGAAAUCGAAAUUGAUUUUGAAACGUUAAAACCUUCCACAUUACGAGAACUUGAGAGAUAUGUUACGUCAUGUUUACGGAAGAAGAGGAAACCUCAGGCUGAGAAAGUAGACGUUGUGGCAGGGUCCACUAAAAUAAAAGCAUCAUCAUCUGAAUCAGAAAGCAGCAGUGAGUCAAGUUCUACAGAGAGUGAAGAUUCUGAAACAGGUUAG